AUGACUUCUGAAGACACCAAAGUGAUCGCCUAUGAGACGGAGUCGCUUCGAAAGCUGGCGUUUUUCGGCAUCGCCGUCUCGACGAUCGCCACACUGACGGCCAUCGUUGCUGUUCCGAUGCUCUACAACUACAUGCAGCACGUGCAAUCGUCGCUUCAAACUGAGGUCGAGUAUUGUCGGCAUCGAUCCAACGGCCUCUGGGACGAGUAUGAGCGAUUCGAGAGCGUCGCAGGCGUCGCCGGUCGCAUCAAACGAUUCGCGCCGCAUCGGCGAAGCGCGAGCGGCGCGGCGCCGUCGCGUCGUCAGGCCUACGCGGACGAGUGUUGCUCGUGCGGUGUCGGACGCGCCGGACCGCCGGGAUCGCCGGGACAGGACGGCGCGCCGGGCAACGACGGACAACCGGGAGCGCCGGGCAAUCCGGGACAGGACGCCGCCGACAAUCAGGUCGCCGGACCCGACAGCUUCUGCUUCGACUGCCCCGCCGGACCGCCGGGACCGCCGGGACCGUCGGGACCGAAAGGCGCGUCCGGAAAUCCGGGAGCGCCGGGACAAUCGGGUGGCGCCUCGCGUCCGGGACCACCGGGACCGCCGGGACCGCAAGGACCACCGGGACAGCCGGGACAUCCAGGAAACGCCGGCGCGCCGGGUGCGCCCGGACAACUCGUCGACGUUCCCGGCACACCGGGUCCCGCCGGACCGCCGGGACCACCGGGGCCAGCCGGCGCGCCAGGACAGCCGGGCGGCGCCGGACGCGCGCUCCCCGGACCGCCGGGACCACCGGGAGACGCCGGAGCGCCGGGCGCGCCGGGACAUCCGGGAGCGCCGGGACAGCCGGGAGACGACGGAGGACAAGGCGGACAGGGCGCCUGCGAUCACUGCCCGCCGCCAAGAACCGCGCCAGGAUACUAA